AUGGAAUCAGGCACCCUGAUGUUACUGCCACUCACUCGCCCCCGGUCCCAGCUGCUGGUGCUCCCGACUUUCUCCCCGCCCCCGCCGCCCGCCGCUAACGAUCAUCAGCAUAACCCUGCCUCCCCCAAGCUGGGGUCAGUCUCCCAUGACCCCCAGUCGAGACUGCUGCUUGCCGAGCUUAAGGUGUUAGCCGAUGGCCAGGUGAUGAAAGUACAAAAGAGCCGCCAGCGACGGAUCCACCUGUGUGUCUACUGCCACUCGAAGAAGAUCAAGUGUCUGCGGGACCAGCCCGUGUGCCGCAAAUGUGAACAGAUCGGCAUCGAGUGCAAGUAUUUUAUCAAUGAACGCGUCAGCCGGGGCGGCAAGAAGAGUGCCCGGCGCCAGCUGGCGGUGUCCGACGGCCUGGGUCUGGAGCUGGCUCCCUCGGUCCAGCUGUCGGUGGCGGUGCCCUCGGCCCAGCAGGCCCACCCCGACAUGCCGCUGGACCUGGUGUCGUCGAUUCCGAGCGACGCAGGCGUCACUCUGGACGGGUCGGCUUUGGCGAAGCUGCCGACGAUGAAACAGGAAGACCACCAUUUCGCCAAGGAGCCGCUGCCGCCAAUCUCGGAACUUCCGUUCUUCUCGUUUAUGGCCACCCCUGAACUGAGCGGUCCCGCGUCAAACCCCGCUAACGGCGUCGAUAAACGUGGUGUCAUCGGUACCCCGCAGAUGACGACGUUACAGAUCCCCAUCAUGAACCAACUGCUGAAUAAUAUGACUAAUAACUACUUCAAGACCAACUACUCCCAGGCUCCCAACGAAGAAGGUUUUGCGUUUAAUCUCGCCUCGUUUGCGUUCCUGGGCGAGUUCAAUCUGCCUCUGGAGGCGCAGGCGCCACCAGCGCCCCAGCCACCAACGCUGGCCCCUACUCUGAAUCCACAACCGUCGUCGAAGCUGUCAGGUACUAAUAAGGACUCGCUGUACUUUAAUCGCGGUGUCAACAACUUCUUUGACCUGGCUCCGGGUACGGUGGCUCAAGUGCCUCAGGCAGCAGCUCCAUCAGCACCGUUGCUGAGCUCAUUGAACCCUUAUCUGCUGAACCCAGCGACCCUGGUUAACUACCUUUACGGUUCCAAUACUAAUUACCGCAACGAUAACUUGGUGGAUGAACUCAAUGACUACCUCCCCAUCCUGGCGGAGCGGCUGCGAGAGCUUGUUGAUCGUUACGUGAACCUGGUCCAUAUCUUGCUUCCGAUUGUUGCCAACCUUGACGCCUUUUGCCAGGAGCACGAGCGUUAUUGGCGGCUUCAAGCGAGAAAUACGCGGAGUCUGCGGGCGCUGCUGCUGGUGGGACUGCUGCCGGGAGACAGCGACGAGUUCAACUACCUUGAAUUCUACUCGCUCUACUUCCCCAUCAUGUACGCGCUGACGAUCCUGGAGUUUGAAGAGUAUGACAAUUUGUUGCUCAACCAGGACAUCGACAAAUACCUCAAAGCGUUCAACAAGGUGUGUCAAUAUUAUAACUACCCUCACGGGCUCAAGACGAUCGGAUUGCUCCUUGGUAAUGUCAUCAUUCAACUGACCCUGCCUAACCCUCUGACAAUGGAAAUGCUGCAAAUCAUCCGGUACGCUAAGUUCUUGCAGUUGCACAAAGACCCUGAAAUUACCCUUCGCAUCGGUAAUCCAGAAGUAGUUAAGUUCCGUCGUUUGCUCUGGUGGGUUAUCUUUGGUCUCGAUGCUCUUACAUCACAUAAUUUCUGUCUCCCUCCCGUUUGCCGUAUGGAUGAUUUUAAUGUGAGAAUGCCUGAGGAUGAGGAAGAAUCGAUUAACGCUCUCGGCAUUAAGGAAAAGCGGCUCAACCUCGGUAUACUUCUGAUGAAUGUUAAAUUUACCUAUGAUCGUAUAUUGCUGGAACUUGUCUACCAUUUGCACAAUGGGCUUUCAUCAAACAUUACCCUGUCACAAGUGAAUGACAUCAAGGACAUGAUUUUGAGCCUUUUUCGUCACAUCCACAAUCUGGUAUACCGCAUGAAUCAGUCUAUUAAGCUCCACCCUCCUGAAACCGUCCAUGAAAUGAACUUGAUCAAUUUCUUAACCAAUCACCUGUGGCUGUUUGUUGAUAGAGCUACUAUGUUGCUUCAUAAGAAGAUUCUUAUGGGUGAUGUCCAGAAACGUGAUUAUGCUGGAGGUCUCUUCGCUGACCUGCCUCAAUCCCUUGUGGGUGGAGGUGCAAACUCGAAGGACCUGUCAUCAUCGCAACUGGCACUUCUGCUUUCGAAGUACGAGGACACAUUUGGUCACUUGGCCGAGGCAAAUAUCAUCAAGAACUUCAACAACAGUCUGAUACUGCAACUCAAAUUCAACCAGCAGGAAGACUUCACUUAUGAGAACAUGCACAACAACUUGAUUCCACUGAUAUUGCACAACCUUAAUGACUUCCUCAAGUAUAACGAUUUUAUCAAGUUUGGCCGGUACAAUUGGUACGUGAAGCGGACGAUCCCCCUUGACCUGAUCAUCCUCAUGUUUGUCAUCAUUGCGGUGAAGUUCAAGUAUGAGUUUAUGCAAAUGGCGGAACUUUGUGUCUACGUGAAACUCAUCAAUAAGGCGCUUUUCAUUCUCAACCGGAAAUGGUUCAAGAACGAAAAGUACAAGCGGAUGUUGCUGCUUACGAACUUGACGUGGGAGUACAUUUUGAAGCGCUAUCAAGUGUUGCCACUCAUCCUGCAAUUCAACGACACCCACAAGUUGGGUGAUUUGAGUGAAUACUAUGAUUUUAGUGUCACGAGCUAUCUCAACUUAAACGAGUUGUUUGACGUCAUGGAUGUGCCUCAGCCGACAUUACCACCAACAUUUGGGUUUAAUGGGUCAAAGUAUGGCAUGAUCCAACUGGACCGUAACGUUGACCCCGAGAACUUAAUGCCCGUGAUGCAAGCGAACCAGCUUGCCCGAAUCAUCCCGUUGCUGCUAGACGUGAAGGCAGAAUUGAGCCAGCUCAAUGAGAAGAUCUACUACGACUUGCGCAACAACUUUGUCGAUAUCAACGACUACUGUGCGUUCUACACCAGCUUAGAACACAUUUUGCACGAAUUGAUGGAUUACAUAAAUCUGUGA